AUGGGGCUGGGUCUGUGCUCUGCACUGUUUUCAGUAUCAGAAGAGGCACGUGGUCAAACCACAGGUUACAGAGCGCUGAGACAUCAACAGCUCCAGACCCACCGAACACGGGAAAGGUCCUGCUGUGCAAUGCAGAAACAGGCAACCCCCAGCCCCAUCUCAACGGAGCUGAUGGCCACCACCGAGUUCUACUCCUGGGAGGACGAGUACUCGGGGGAGGCUGGCAUGCUGCCCGAGCUCUGCGAGAAGCAGGCAGUUCAGGGCUUUGCCCGCACCUUCCAGCCUGUCGUCUACCUGCUGCUCUCACUGCUGGGAACGGUGGGGAAUGGGCUGGUGCUGCUCACACACACCCGCUACCGCCGGGCACACAGCGUCACUGACGUCUGCCUCCUGCACCUCGCCCUGUCUGACCUCCUGCUGCUCCUGACUCUGCCCUUUGCCAUCACUGACACGCUGCAGGGCUGGUCCCCAGGUACGGCCGCCUGCAAGGCACUGCAGGGUCUCUACGCCCUCAAUUUCUACAGCGGCUUCCUCUUCCUCACCUGCAUCAGUGUGGACCGCUAUGUGGUCAUCGUGCAGGUCCCGGCCGCCUGCCGCCUGCGUCCAAGGGCUCGCCGCCAUGGCUGGCUGACAGCGGGGCUGGCCUGGCUGCUGGCCACGCUGCUGGCACUGCCCCAGUUCAUCUACAGCCAGGCAGAGCAACACCAGGACCUCCGGCUCUGCCGAGUCGUCUUCCCCCAUGUGGUCUCACGGGUGGCCCGGGGGGCCACCAACCUGGUGCAGGUGGUGCUUGGAUUCGUGGUGCCCUUCCUGGUGAUGGCGAGCUGCUACACGGCUGUGGCACGGACGCUGCUGGCGGCCCGUGGUGCCCAGCCCCACCGGGCACUGCGAGUGCUGCUGGCCCUCGUGCUGGUGUUCGUGGCCCUGCAGCUACCCCACAGCCUGAUGGUGCUGCUGGACGCGGCCGAGCUGCUGGCCAGCUGGGAGGUGAGCUGCGCCCAAAGCCGCCGCAAGGACUUGGCGCUGCUGGUCACGGGUGGGCUGGCAUACCUGCGCUGCUGCCUUAACCCGCUGCUCUAUGCCUUCCUGGGCCAGCGCUUCCGUCGGGAGCUGUGGCUGCUCGCCAGCAAUGCCGGCUGCGUGGGGCCCCUCGAGCCGCGCUGUCCCGGCUGUCCCAGUCCCCGCCGGCGGACAUCGCUCUCCACAUACCUGGAUGUGGUGUAG